CAGGUUAAGUUUCCUACCUUCUAUUAUUUUCUCCUUUAUUUUUUUUACAUAUAGAUUGAAACUCUACAUCACUACUAUUUGAAACAACCGCUCUGAUCAAUCUGGGUCUAAUGGUUUCUAUUGAUUUGUUUCAAUAUCUCGUUUGAGAUGGGGCAGAAGAAUUACCUGUUUAAUGGAUUCUGUGUUUUUGGAGUUGUAAAUGCUUGUCUUAUCUUGUGGUCAUAUUUUGUUAAUUCUUAUACAUAUUAGUACUAAGGUGCACAACAAUUUGAUUUCGGUGAUGUUGAAUAAAGCUUCUGAUCCUCUUCAUUAUCAUUGUUCUUUGUGGUUUCUGAUCAGUAUAAUUAAUACCAUUGACUAAAACUACAACUUGAAGUGUUUAGGGUAAAUAGAAAUCUAUUUUCAUGGACCAUGGAACAAUGAUAAACUGGGUGUGUUUUGGGUUUCCAUUGAGAUAUUGCUUGAUUGACAAAGUUUGUUAUGAUAGAACUAUCCACAAUUAGAAACUGAGCAUUUGUGGAUUACAUUCGGGGUCUUCCUCAGUUACAGUGGCCAAUAUACAAAUCCAGGGCAUUGGAAGGCGUGUGAGGGGAUCUAUUUUUAUCGACUUGGGAAUGUUGAUUAGUGAUUGCCUGGUUUUUGUCCUGUGUUUUCAGUAAACAAUCUGUUGACAAGUCAAAGGAGGAGAGAAGUCACGCUGUUUAGUUUUGUGCAGAAAUUUAUGCAUAUUAAGAUGGACAUUUUUGAGGUUUCAAUGUCUGGCUGCUGGAUCAAAGUCUGUGAAAUCUGUGAAGUUCAUGGUUUUGAAAUUUUCAAUUGGAGGCUUGUGACCAAAUGCCCGAAAUAUAAAUGAAAAAGAACUAAAUGUUUCAGAUUCAAUUGGCGGGCUAUUUCUAUUUCAAUGGCUAUUUUUUUUUAAAUACAUGAGCUGUCGCAUUAUCAUUGUUCUUUCAAUGGAAAAGGUUGCUGAUGAUGCUUCCAUUAUCCUUGAUAUUUCAAUGGAAAAGUCUACUGAUGGGCUUGAAUUUGAUUCAUAUGUGCUCAUCCUAUUUUUCUUUCAUCACCAUUUUUUAGGGCUACUUCUUUUUCAAUGGCAAUUUUUUUAUAUAUAUACAUUAGCUGUCCCAUUAUCAUUGUUAUUUUAAUAGAAAUGGUUUCUGUUGAAGUUCACAUUAUCCUUGAUAUUUGAACGGAAAGUUAUACUGAUGGGCCUGAUUCAUAUGUGCUCAUUCUAUUUAACUUUCAUCACCAUUUUUUAGGGCUAUUUCUUUUUCAUUGGUAUUUUUCUUUUUAAUUCAUUAGUUGUCCCAUCAUCAUUGUUAUUUCAAUGGAAAAGGUUACUGAUGAAGUUCCUAUUAUCCUUGAUAUUUCAAUGGAAAAGUCUACUGAUGGGCUUGAAUUUGAUUCAUAUGUGAAGAAUUUUGAGUAUGUUGUGUACUUUAUGCGCAAUGUGUGAUGUGAUGGGCUGAUGAACUUGUGAAUUUUGGGUUAUAUUAAUGCCUGGUUAUAUAAGUUAACAUCCAAAAGUACUUGGUUUGGUCACAUAUCCUUAAUCUUUUUGUCCCACUUAAGAUUACAAAAAACUAAUAAAACAUAUAUGUUAGGCAUGAUCAACUUGUUGAGACAUUGUUUCAAAUAGAUACAUGAGUUCUGUGUCUUGACACUAUUAAUGUCAUAUGUGAACUACAAAAGCCCCAAGCCUAUGAUGUCUAAUCUAGUGUUUAAUGCUCAUACACAUUACUUUAAGAGUUAAGUUCAAAUUAAUAAGAGUGCAACCCUGUUGUCUACAAUUGUUUGAAUGUGGUUGAUCCUAUAAUGGAAGUAAGAUUACUUGAAUAGUUAACUAGGAGUGUUGUUAUGUUUAUAUAAAGGUUUGAAUACAUAUAUUUAUGUAGUUUGUUUUUCUAUGUAUGGUCAGUUGAAAAACAUAGAUGGAUCACACCGUUUCAGACUGUGUGUCAUCUCCCACUUGUGCAAUUGGAGACAACGUGGGUGACAACAAUGAUCCCAUGGAGCAGGUUCCUUAUCUUGCAACCCUUCCUAGAAAAUUUAUAGAAAUACAAGAUGGAGAACUUAACUCCUCAACCAAAGGCCAAGAAACAAAGUAGCCCAUAUAGGAAUGAAGUUUUCUUCAGAGGAAGAUGCAAUUGACUAUUAUAAGGCUUAUGCAUUGGCCAAACGCUUUGGUAUCCGGUUGGGCACUACCCAUAAUAAUAAUGGUGAAAGGAUUACUAGAGAAAUUAAUUGCUCUCAGGAAGGAUUUCGCAAAGUGAAAGAGCAGGUCAGUGGAAAGGUACUCCCUGAAUCAAGGUGUGGGUGUAAGGCUAAGCUAGGACUCAAUAAAAAAGUGACUAGGUUUAUUGAUGAUCAUAAUCAUGAUCUAGUUAGUCCAAGAAAAGCUUGUCUAAUUCGCAGCCACCGAACGUUGUCUAGUGCCACAAAGUUGAUGAUAAAUCUAAUGAGUUCGGCAAUGGUUAGGCCAAGACAUAUUCAUGACAUCUUUAUAGAGCAAGCUGGAGGGAUCAAGAAUGUUACAUAUACAAAAAAAGACAUCGAAAAUAAAAUUGCCAGUGCUAGAAGAAAACUAAGAGGAGAAGAUGGUAGUCUAGUUAUGCAAUGACUACAUAAAAUAAAAGAAUCUAACCCGUCUUUUUUCUAUAGACUGAAAUUAGAUGCAGACGAUCACAUUCUCAGCAUCUUAUGGAUAGAUGCCACAUGCACAGUUUCUUAUCGAUGUUUCUCUGAUGUGGUUACAUUUGAUACCAUAUACAAAACAAACACUUUUAGUAUGUCAUUUGCUCCCAUACUUGUUGUAAAUCACCAUUUCAAUACAACUUUCUUUGGAUUUGCACUCAUAUUUGAUGAGAAGGUAGAAUCAUUUGUUUGGGUAUUUAAAAAUUGGUUAGAAGCAAUUGGUGGACAACAACUAGGUGUUAUUAUCACUGAUCAAGACCAUGCAAUUUUAGCCGCAGUGAGACAAGUUUUUUACCAGAGUGAGCAUCAUUACUGUAAGUGGCAUAUACUAUCGAAAGUUAAAGAAAAACUAUUCCAUGUCUUGCGCAUAUAUCCUUCUUUUUCAAAUAUCUUCAGGAGUUGUAUAGCUAGCCCAACAAUAGAAGAAUUUGAAAAUAGAUGGAAAUUGAUGAUUGAGAAAUAUGAGUUGGAAAGCAAUGAAUGGCUAAAUAGGCUAUAUGGUUGUCGCAUGCAAUGGGUAGAUGCAUACUUGACUGGCAGGUUCACAGCGGGUAUGACUUCUACCCAAAGAAGUGAAGGGAUUAAUAAGGAUUUCAAGAUGUACUUGACCUCCAAAACAAGCCUAUGUACAUUAUUGGAAAUAUGUGCCAAGGUGCAAGAUAAGAAGGUACGAAAAGAAAAGAAAAAGGACUUAAACGACAUUACAACUACUCCAAUCUUAAGAACAACUUCUCUAUUUGAGUCACAUGCACAAAAAAUCUAUACUCAAAAGUUUUUGAAGGUAUUUGUGGAAGAGGUUGCCAAUUGUAUGAAUUUGAUAAGUGAGUUAGUUGAUGAAAAUGGACAGCUUGCCCCUUUUAAGGUGGCAGAUAUGGGAACUAGAUGUAGAUCGUACUUAGUGGAAUUCAAUCCCCAUGAGAAGAAGGCUAAUUGCAAUUGUCACUUAUAUGAGAGGAUGGGCUUUCUUUGCAGGCAUGUGUUGAAGAUUUUUAUGAUGAAAAAUAUUUUUGAAAUCCCUUCACAAUACAUAAUGAGGCUUUGGUCAAAGAAAGUAAGGAGGGGGGUUUUUGUUGAUGAAAAAGGCAAAGAACUUCUUGAUACAUUUGUACUACCACGCUCCAUUCGAUAUAACGAUGUCAUGUAGGUUUUUCGAUACCUUGCUGAGCAUGCGUCAGAAAGUGUGGAGGUUCAUGAAUUUGUAAUAUCUUUAAUACACGAUGAUAUCAUAGAGGUUAACAAUAAAUUCGAUUGUAAGCAACGCCCACAUGUUGACACUAUGAGCCAUGUCAAUGAUGAGAAGAGUGCUACUAGUUGUAGUGACACACCAAAUGGAAGUUACAACUACCAGAAUGUUCUUGAUCCUCCACGAGCAUGGGCAAAGGGACGGCCGACAAAUGCAAGAAAACAAGCUCGAUCAGAGGGUUGGAAGCCAAUGGAGAAGUCUAGGAAAUGCGCAGUUUGCCAGGGCAGUGGGCAUGACAGAAGAAAUUGUCCAUCAUACGUUCGUGAAAAGUAGUAAUCCAUACCUUUAGAUUCUUUUGAUUUUUAAUUGUAUGAGCAUUUCCAUCUAGAUGUAUUAGCAUUUUCAGAUGAUAUUAGUCAUUGUGAAUACAUUAUGAAAUGCUAAUAUUGCAAUUUCUUUUCUGACUACAAGGUUAGUUCCAAAAGUCCGCCAUAAGAUUCGGUCUCAUAAGAACGCGAGACAUUGAGCAUUGAUGAUAUGGAUUGCUCUUUCAGGAUGUCAUUGGUUGGAAAAUCAGCUUAUAUACAAUAUUAGAAUUUGCUAUUAUGCAGGGCUCACUCUCUCUGUAAAGGUUUUUUUUCUCUCUCUAAAUGCCCAACAGGUCCUCAGUCUCUCUCCAUGUAUUCCAUGCUAUUAUCAUUGUGCAUUUUGGUAAAAGAUCAACACUAUUCUCCUCUAUUUUAACGUGCAAUAGACCAAGACUAUUCUUAUUAUUGUAGGUCGAAAAGAUGCUCCACAGAAGAUGUGGAUAAUUUUUGCCAAAGAUUCAAGAGCCAUUUUUUGUUACACGCUCCUUGAUAUAGUUCAAGAGCUAUUUUUUGGUACACGCUCCAUAGUUGUGGUGAAUGUAGUGAUUGUAAAAUUCAGUAUUGUAAUGGACAUAUGUGUGGUGAAUGUGGUGAUUGUGUUGUAUGGAAAUGGGGCAGUAAAGAGUCAUUUUUUUGGUUAAAUUAAGUUUUGUAAUGGAUAUGUGUGGCGAAUAUGUUCAUUUUGUUGUAUGGAAAUGGGGAUAGCAAAUAAUCAUUUUUUUGGUAAAAUCCAGUAUUGUAAUGGAUUGUUAUCGUGGUCAUUCAUCUUCUAGCUUGGAUUAGUUAA